AUGAGCAUUUUCCUCGACUUCGAUGGCACCAUAACAGCCCAAGACACCAUCAGCGAGCUCGCCAACUUCGCACUGCGCUUUCAAAAUUCUCGGCAGCAGCUGCAGCCCGAAGCCGGCGUCGGCGCGGACCUAAAGCCGCAGUGGGACGCCGUCGUCAAGGCCUACAUCGACGACCACAAGGCGCAAGUCGCAUGCUACCGCCCGGCCGAAGCCGCGCGUCGCGAGCUGCACGAGAAAGUCGCGUUCCUGCGGGACCUCAAGGCCGUAGAGACGAGGUCGCUCGCCCGCAUCAAGAGCUGCGCCCUCUUCCAAGGCAUCACGCCCGCCGCAUUCCGCGAAGCCGGGCGCGCGCUCGUGAGGGAGGGCACCGUGGUGAUCCGGCCCGGGUUCGCGGACUUCGUCCGCAGGCGCGUGGAGCAAGGGUGGCGGGUCUACGUCGUCUCGGUCAACUGGUCCAGCGCGUUCAUCGAGGGCGCGUGUGGAGGAGUGGACGGGCUGAGCGUCAUUGCGAAUGAUGUGCGCGAGGAGGACGGGUCGGUGGCGGGGCCGGAGGUGCUGAAUGCGGAGGGACGGGAGCAGCACAGGAAUCUGACGAAUUCUUGCGAUAAGCUGGAUGUCAUGACGGCGGUGCUGGAGAGGGACGGGUUGGUGCGGGACGGCAGCAGGUCGUUUUACCUUGGGGACUCGACGACGGAUCUGGAGUGCUUGCUUGCUGCGACGCGCGGGAUUGUUGUUGCGGAUAGGGACGACACGACGCUGCUGCGGACGUUGAGGAGGAUAGGAAAGAGCGUGCCGCGCGUGCGAGAUGCGGAUCAGGGUGCUGGGCUCUCGUGGGCGUCGGACUUCGAGGAGGUUAUGGCGCAUGUCGAGUUCGAACUGGGUUGA